UCAUCAUCAAAAAUGCCUAUUAAAAAUAAUUAUUUAUCAUAUUCAAAUUGGAAUGUUUCAAAAUUUAUAUUAAAUGAAUUUGGCGGGGAGAAUAAAGGAUAUGGAGGAAAUAUUAUUGGAAUUUUGGUUGUUUUGAUCGGAGCUUUAUGUUUUGGUUCUUUGGUAAAUUUUGUGAAAAUAAUUUUUUAUCAUUUUUAA